GCUGCUUUCCUUCCCACCACUCCCCAAACACCAUGUCUGCUUAUCCCGCAUUUAUAAUGGGCGGUCUCUGCAUCGUCGGGGGCAUUACCGGCUUCGCCAGGACGCGCAGCAUCCCGUCUCUCGUCGCAGGAGUUGGUGUCGGGGCUCUCUAUCUUUGGAGCGCGGACAGCAUCCGGAAGGGUACACCGAACGGUCUCGAAGCGGCAUUAGGCGCCUCUGCCCUUCUGCUGUUGUCUUCUUUGCCCCGUGUUGCAAAGGGACCUGUGCCAGCUGUCCUUACCGCAACGUCGACCGCUACGGCUAUCUAUUACGGGAAGAAGGUCUACGCACUCCGGCAAUGAUCCACAUACCCCUCAGAAUCUUUGCUUGUAUAACAGUGUAUCAGUUGACCUUCACAUUGUGUAAUCCCUGCUCUAUUUCAUUUAUCCUUCAAAGAA